GCAUUCUGUAUUUCACUGGCUCUCACGCUCAGUUUGUGCUGCAUGCACCAUGUCCUCCCUUGCUUUGCUUCCCAUCAGUGUCUCUCACUUGUCACAAUGGGUGGCCUGGCUGGGUCUUCUGUUUGUUAUCUUCACAGUCACUAAACUCUACCUGAAGUGGAAGGAGAUUGGCAAAACAUUCAGUGAUUUCCCAGGACCUCAGCGCCACUGGCUGUAUGGCAAUGCCCAUGAGUUCCGACAAGAUGGGAGAGAUCUAGAUAUUGUCGCUGGAUAUGGGGAGAAAUUUAAGUACGGCUACCCCAUGUGGUUGGGAAAUUUUUUUGCUUCUCUCAUUGUAUGUCACCCAGACUAUGCCAAAGCUAUUAUAGCACGGCAAGACCCAAAGGAUAAUUUUGCCUAUUAUUUUAUAACUCCUUGGAUUGGUAAAGGGUUAUUGGUUUUAUCUGGACAGAAGUGGUUCCAGCAUCGCCGUCUGCUGACUCCUGGCUUCCAUUACGAUGUGCUGAAGCCGUAUGUGAAACUGAUGACAAAUUGUGCCAAUGUCAUGCUGGAUAAGUGGGACAACUUGAUCCAAGAUAAGAAGCCAUUGGAGCUUUUCGAACACGUCAGCCUGAUGACUCUCGAUACCAUCAUGAAAUGCGCCUUCAGUUACCAAAGCAACUGCCAGAAUAGCAAAGAAAAUGCCUACAUCAAGGCGGUGUUCGAACUCUCAUACCUGGUGGAUCACAGGUUCCGCUGUUUCCCCUACCAUAAUGAUCUAAUCUAUUACCUGAGUCCUCAUGGGUUUCGCUUUCGGAGAGCACUUAAAGUUGCGCACAAGCACACCGAUGAAGUAAUAAAACAGAGAAAGGAAUCCCUAAAACAUGAGAAAGAGCUGGAAAAAAUUCAACAGAAAAGACAUUUAGACUUCCUUGACAUUCUGUUGUGUGCAAAGGAUGAAAAUGGUGAGGGUUUGUCUGAUGAGGACCUGAGGGCAGAGGUGGACACUUUUAUGUUUGAAGGACAUGAUACCACAGCCAGCGGGAUCUCGUGGAUCCUAUACAGCAUGGCUAAAUAUCCUGAGCAUCAACAGAAAUGUCGGGAAGAGAUCCAGGAGGUCAUGGGAGAGCGGAAUUCAGUUGAAUGGGAAGACCUGGGGAAGUUACCUUACACAACCAUGUGUAUUAAGGAGAGUUUACGGUUAUACCCUCCUGUACCAGGUGUCGCUCGUCAGCUUAGCAAACCAAUUACAUUCUGUGAUGGGAGGAGUCUACCAAAAGACGCGGUUGUUCUCCUGAGCAUUUAUGCUAUGAACAGAAGUUCCAGUAUAUGGGAGGACCCAGAGGUUUUUGAUCCCCAGAGAUUUACACCUGAGAAUACAUCAAAAAGACACACACAUGCCUUUAUCCCAUUCUCAGCUGGAGCACGGAACUGCAUCGGACAGAACUUUGCAAUGAAUGAGAUGAAAGUAGCUGUUGCAUUGACCUUAAAACGAUUUGAGUUGCACCCAGACCCAAACAAUGAGCCCCUUAAAGUCCCGCAGCUAGUGUUACGCUCAGUGAACGGGAUUCAUGUUUACCUGAAGAGGAUUAAAGAGUGAAUUGUACAAUUGUAUAUGACUUUUCUUACUGUAGUUUAAUUUUGUGUACCAGGAAAUAAAAGUCUAUAAUGAAUAGA